AGUGCAUUCUGGGUAACUGCAUUAGCAAUGCAAGGGAAAUAGCCUUGUCAACGCUGUGUGUACAUAGCGCACUACCCUUCAUCCCUUUUACUCUCUGAUACACAGACAGGGGAGCUUGCGAUUUUGCUGUCUUGAUCGCAAGCCAAUUUUGUCUUCUAAAUCCUCAUACGCCGCCAUAUUGUGUGCGUGCCGAACCUAUGUAGGCACACACAAAGCGAAUGAUGGUUUGUAUAUAAAUGUAUAUUAACUAUACAUAAUCAUCAUCUUUUGCUGUUGUUUUGAUUUUUUGGGACACUGUAAUCACUUAAUUUGUUUAAUUUGGAUUCUCUAAGCAGUGUUGGAGACAGGGCUCAGAAGAUGAUGUGGAUUAAUAAUCAUUAUUUUAGUGAAAUGAUCACUUUUUAGAGUGAAGUACAGAUGUCGCCGGAGUGGGAGAGCCGUGUUUUGUUUGGUCGAGUCCUUUCAUCGUCAUUGUGUUUAUAUCUAUCUUUUUUAUUGUCAUCCUCAUCUGUGUCUUUGUGCUGUGGUCGGUAGCUGAGCCACCUUCACAAGGGGCUCCCUCAUCCAGCGAGAUGCCAUCCGGAUCAUGGAACAACAAGGGUGUCAGCAUCCAAAGCUCUGACUUCACUGAUGCGGGAUAUGCCUAUCAGUCCCUCUACCAGCCUGUUGUCAAGGCAACCCAUCAAGAAAACCUCCAUCAGCAGCAGCAACAGCAGCAGCAGAAACAACAGCAAAGUAGCAAUGGAUUCUCUCUGGAUUCUCACCACUUUAUGGACCUGUCACAGGUUUUGAAAGAGGUGGAGGAUGAGGGGAGUCUUAUUCCAUCGCCAGCAAGGCUGUUGGAGAGGAAGAGGCGACUCAGCGAGGAUGAAGAAUCCCCAACUGAGGAGUAUACAAGCCAAGCUUCCAUCGAGCAACUCAAGAAUGCCUAUUCUAUCAGCUUAGACAGCCUUAAUGAGAACAAUGUGGACAUGUCCUGCAGGAUCUCUCAGGAAAGAUGUAGGAUUGACUACGACAGUGACAAAACACCCACUGUGGAUAAGAGCUUUUGGUCAGAGUCUGAUGAUGACAGUCCAGUGGUGGAAGGCGAGGAUUCCUUCUACUAUGCAGAUGCUGAAGGAAACAACUAUCAUCAGGUAUCCACCAUCACUGGCUCAGUAUUAGAGACACCUACAAAUCUUAACACCUACAUCCAACCAUGUGAUCAGGACAUUGAAAAGGAAAUAAGAAAUAUUGGCGUUGUAACAGAUGAUUAUGAAUUUAACAAUGAACUGGGAGAAGAGUUUGAUGAUGGGGUGAAGAGCUGUUCAUCCCAUGAAGCAACAAGCUCUGCCUCAUCAGAAAGUCUCAGAUCUGCUUAUUCCUUGCAGACACCUGCCUUGUCAUCCAGUCCAGAGAGUUAUGAGAUGUUGUAUCGAAGCUUUGAGGUGGCCUCAAUGCUCGACAAAGAACGAAAAAAGAAUGGUGUGGAUAUAAGCGACUCACCAGAGGAAUCUCUGCUGGAUAGUCUUAAUAAGGCCUCGCCUAAACUGCAAAGGAUGAACUAUCAUAGAGCAGAAAAGGGUGGCAGUGAAAAUAGCAAUUCUGAAGAGUCAAGUCCUUCUUCCAUAGCUUCAGGAUCCCCUGGAGACCCAAAUAUUUGUGUAUAUCAAAGUGAGAGAAGUGAUCAUGACCUGCCACUUACCCUGGAUUUUACAAAUAAAAAAGCUCAUUCAGCAGAAAACCUCAGUUCCUCGGGUGUAAUUACCUUUGCUCAAAUUGCUCAACAGAGAAGGAAGCCAGAACCCAAGGAAAUCAGAAAAGAAAAGAACAAUGCUCAAGAAAGCUUGUUGCACUGGACUGAGUUACUUUCCAUUAAAGGAGCAUCUUCCUGUGCUCAGGAUAUUCCUGGGGCGGGAGCUCCAUGUGACAGCCAUGAACAACUCUCUGAUGCCCCCAGGAGACCACAGUCACUGCCCAUCCAGCUGAGGCAUCUACAGAAACCAACCAUUCGCCCUCAUGCCACACCUCCGCAUUUACCCAAUGGAGUGAUGAGGACUCUGAGUGCACCUGAGGGUAUCAACACAACACAAAGGACAUGUAGGUCUUGGGGAGACCAUGAUGAGGGCAUUGGGGAACUCUCUGAGUCUGAGGUUGAAGAUCUCUCCCCUGAUCCAGUGAAUGAGCCCACCUCAGCUGACCCACCAACUCAACAUCUCCUACACCCUGAGCAAAUAGAGUUUGGAGGUUUAGUCCCACAAAGAAGACAAAGAACUGCCACAUGGUGUGGAUCCAUUGGGGCCAUUAGGAGACCUUUACUUAGCAGCAGGGAGCAUUUAUCAGAUACAGAUAGCCUAGACUCGUGGCAGCCUUCCCAGUCUACUGAUAUCAAUGCUAAUGUUGCUUCCAAUGGACGAUCCCCCAGUGAACAAAGCAAUGAUGGCGUUUCCGCGCUGUAUAAUGCAAGGAGCAUGCCCCUGAAUACAUCUCUGUGCAGGAAAAACUUCUUAUCAAAUCGUGAUAAUGUGCAACGCUCGCGUAAGAGACACUAUUGUAAAGAUACCUAUGCAGAGCGUAUGUUACAGCAUGGUGGUGUGUUCAUUAGUGGAACUGAAAACAAACCAUUCUUGCUUCAAGAGAUUGACUCUAGUAACAAAACUGGAGCAGCUUCAGCUGCUUCUAAGACACGCAGUCUGCCCAGGAAUCUUGGGGUCACCAGGAGACGCUCUGGUGGCAACAAUGCCGGUAAAAGCCGUCCCAAGAGCAUGGAAGGACUUCCAUCAUUCUCUCUGGGUCUGGAUGAUGAGAAGCUUGCUUCUUGGACACAGGAAUUUGCAACACUCAACAAAUCCAAGUCCCAGGAAGAAAAGUUGAGCAACAGCUGGAUUAAUCUUCAAGCUGAAUUGGACGAACCUGCUGCUCCUGGAGUAUCUGCAGUGCAGCAGGAAUGGAAUGAAUCAGAUGAAGCAGACUAUGCUUCUCUGAAAUCUUCCCUUCUGGACAAAGCUCCAGACAAGCAGACCAAGGUAACAUGUGAAGAAGUUCAAACCAGCAAGGAUGAAAGUGAGACAUUCUCAUCCUCGAGACGCAUCAUCAGGAUUGAUAAUGUUGCUAAGGAUGCAGAAGUGAAGUACAUCAAACACCGCCCUCUCAAGCCCAUCCAUGUGGUAGAUGCAGAGCAUCAUCGAAAGAAAGUUCUUGAGAGACUAUCGGUCUUGCAACCUCCAUCAAGUGCCCCUGCAACGGGAGUCCUACCGCAGGAUUGGCAGUCCUUCACACAUCCCACCGCUGCCACCAAAAAUCCAUCAACUAGAGGACAUCGCAGACAGAGAUCUGAUGCCACUGCCAAUACCACCUCUACCAUCUCUACCACUUCCAGUAGAAGCCAGUCUUUGAUUACAAGGGAAGGCUUUUGGGCAUGGGCGACUGGCAGGCAACCUGUCAGGGCAAAGAUAAUGAGCAGCAUAGAAAGUUCAGGGACAGCAUCCACCCACCAGGGUGGUGCCUCUAGAGGCUUGAGGAAUCAAAUAAGACCUCUUUCUCUCUCUGUGGCCCAUGAUGACUGGGAUACCUUAGACUCCAUGCCUCCUCAGGUUAUGAAGGUUUCACCAAGAGAAGAAGGGCAUAACUCCACAAUUGACAUCAUCCAGAAGAGAGCCCUUGUAGCUGAAGUGAACGCAGCAGUUGCCCAGCUUUUGGCUCACUUUUCUCAGGCCAAGACAGGACACCCAGAGGAAAAGGUGGGUCUUCCUCUUUCUCCCUCUCUCUCUCUCUCUCUCUCUCUCUCUCUCUCUCUUGCUCCCCUUACCCAUGGGGGCAAAUAGGGGUACAUCAUUUGAAAGGGGAAAACAUCCAUGUUAAAAGGAAAGCUGGGUAUUCCUUAUCUAAUUUCCGUUCAGAUUGAAAAUGGAGAGAGAACGACAAGCUGUUCUUGGUGGGUUGUUUAAUAGAGGAAGUCAUUGUUCUAUUUAUGAAUUAUUUACUUAUUAUUCAAUAUAUUCUCAUUUCAUUAUGUACAAUAUUAUUAUUCAGUUUAAUUGUAAAUUUACACUUUUUUAAAAUAUUUUAUUUUUCUUUGGGGCAGGGGUAUCUCCAAUAAUAUUUAUGAUUUCUCUUAUUAAAUAAAAGGUUCAAGAAAUUGAUGCAGUUUUCAAAUUACACAUUAAGUUUACAUCAUUGCCAAAAAUUUUAAAUUCAACUUCCAAAUUUACCUGAGCAAUUUUUUUUAAAUAAUGGAUGCAAUGUUUUAGGGGAUCAUUAGAUAUCAUUUUACUUUUCUAAUGCUGAAAGAGUAAUAAUUUAUCAUUGUGGAAGAGAUAUUAAAGAACUGGGAAUAAAGAAAAAAAACUUCUUUGCUUCAGUAAGAAAUGUUUAUAUGCGUCAGUGAGAAAUCAGUUCAGUUUUUAAUUCUCCCAUAUCCUUAUAGUUUGAAGACUGAACCCGCCCUGUUUUCAGCGACUGUGUUUGAAUCAAGCUUUGAAAUCUAAGUUUAGAACGAAGAAAGUUUUAUUGAUAUAGUCGGCAUAGCAACUCUAAUCUGAAUCAUUCGGCAGAGCUCUCAGCUUCUCCUUGCUCCCAUGGUCUGUCAAAUAAACUCUUUCCUGCAAGACAUGGAAUUGAACUGCAAGCAAUUUAGUGCUCUCAGAUUUAUUUCAUGAGGUCUUGGCAUACAUCUACAUGAUCAUUCUAUUCACUCAACCUUCCUGUAGUACAUCUGUUUUGCUCAUGGGAGCCUCUGACUGUUGAAAGUUUGGAAAUAAGGGGAAAACUGCUUCAAUAUAGAGUUGACUUUAACAAAAAAAAAUGUGAAGAAAGUUGGCAGAAUUUGAUAAUCUAUAUUGAUUGAUAUGCACAUUCCAUUCCAGUAAAAAAAAGAAAUUCCAUUAACUUUUUUACUUUAACAUUAUUUUGCAUUGCAGUAUAGACCCAUUACAUGCAGUGUUUGGUAAAUUUGAGGUUGCUUGUGAAAAUGAUAAAAAAAUUGAUGUAAAAUCAAUUUAUUGUCAGAGGGUAUUUGAAGACUCAAAUUCUGACAAUCUCUUUAUCUUUUUUGCGGUUGGGAUAAAUAUAAAAAUUUCUUUCGUCUGCUUUGGCCAUCCCUCCCUGGAGAGAGAUUUAAAAGAGAAAAACAAGCAGUUUAGUUCACCUGUUCUCACUCUAGACCAAGGAGAACUUGACAGAGAGGAAGCCUUAAUCAGUUCUUCCUGUAUUCUUCUGCUGCUCAGCAGUUUUGGCAACUCGCCAACUGAUGAUCUUUGGCACCGUUUAAAAGUUUGAAGAUGUUUGUGAAGAAAGGUGGUGGAGACAAACUUUUGAUAAAGUGAGAAAAAAUGUAUUAUAUAAUGAAAGUAUGAAACCAAUAUAUAGAUUGGAGGAAAUAAAUAUUUACUGUAGAAUUUGGCACUGUAUGUUAUGGAUGUUUGAGAAAAACACAUGAAAUACUGAGAAAGUAUAUUGACUUAAUGAAGAAUGGUGAAUGAAAGAUAAAAAAAAUGUCUGUAGAUUUUAUAAUACUUCAUAGUAUGAAAUUGCUUUAUCCAUCAUCUCAUGUGUGAUUUCAAAUGUCCAAAUAGUUAUCUUGUGAAGAGCUCAAUAUAUUUUUAAUUGUGUCAAAUUGUGAAUGUAAGAAAUCAAGUUUGUUGACACAAAGUAAACUUUCAGAAAUAGUUUAGUAUUAAAUAUUUUUAAAGGCAGUUACAGGUAGUACUAGUAAAUUGACUUAAAAUGGUAAUCAUACAAUUAUUGUUUUGGAAUUAUAGAUAAUAUUUUAAAGUAUCUUUAUAUGGGCGAAAAGUGUUCUUUCUCAGAAAGGAGAUCAACAAAGAUUAUAAUGGGUCUCUUUCAAUUAGCAAUAUCAGCAGAGAGCAAAAUUACAUUGAAUGUAAUCAACAUUUAAUCCUUACGAUAAUACCCUUAUUUAUGUCCCUACUCAUUUUCCCCUACUACACAUGGGAAUCAAUAUGUGGGCUCAUGGCUUUGGGUUUAACAGACUAAGAUCAAACCAUUUGAUAUACAUGUAUUUUAGACCAUUUCACAUAUCUAUCAAUUAAUGAUUUUCUUAUAUUGAUACAUAUUUUAUUUCAGUGAUGUUCUAUUUUAAGAAAUAUGUUCAGCAUUGGGAAAGCAUACAUGCCCCUUAUUUUAUCUCCACAUCUUUUAUAUGUCACAAAAACAAUCAAAAUAUAUAAAACAUACGUUACAUUUCAAUUAAUCAGAAGAUAGUGUGUGUGUGUUACAUAAUAUAAUUGUAAAUAAAUUGUUCUGGACUAAAAAAUAAUUUAACUUGUACCCCAGCCCUACCAACAAGAUGAUCCUUAGACCGACUGCUUUACAAGAGAGCCCUGCACAUUUAAAAUACAAACAUGAUACAAUAUAAAAGAGGAGAAUACAACCUAUAAAAAGCAUAUAGAAAAAAUACAAUCAACUAUAAAACCAGAAACCCCCCCC